AAACCCCCUCACCUGUUAAAGAGCCAGUGUACCCACAUCUUUGCUAAGGACGAGGCCUAGCCACCCGCAGCCAGAGGGGGCUGAGAAGGCGCAACAACUUUGGAGGGGCCGCUGGUAGCUGAGCAGAAAAGAAAGGCUUUCCCUCGACUGAGAGCGGAGGGGGGUUUGCUGCCGAGAUCCCCGUCCCUCCUUAAAAAGAGGCCGAAUUGGCUCCCGGCUUUAAUCCCGGCGAUGGGUGGCGCUUUCUAAGUAGGCGGGUUGCUUAAAACACGCCGCGGCUCACCCAGCGGUUCUUCGAUGGCGGAGGAUGCUUUGUGUGGGUGGCUGCAGUAAUAUGGCUUGUUACCUCAGGUGCUGAUUCAUUGAUGCUCUUAAUUUGUUCGGUGAGCAGUCAAUGCGUUUCCAUAUUCGCCUGACUGGAGUCUCUAUACCCUAGUAACAUCAGGAUGAAUCGCCUGUACCCGCAGCUGAUGCACCACAUGGACCAGCUCUUGAGCCUCAUAGAGUUCAACAGCAGCAUCGAACUAGACUGCCUCCAGAUUGCCAAAUGUCUCGAGGGGAUGCGCCAGCGAUGCUGCCGCCUGGAUUGCGACUUGCAGGGAGCAAGGGAGAAGCUGCGCCGGUCGGAGUACGAAUGUUCGGUCCUGGAAGUGAAGUUGAAACACGCCCGCAACCAAGUGGAGGUGGAGAUGAAGAAAAGGCAUCGGGCAGAAGCUGAGCUGGAAAAGCAGGAGCGCAAGCUGCAGCUUAUCUAUGACUACCUGAUGGCUGAUUCACAAAUCAGUCCUUUCAGUGAGGACCAGCGCUCAGCCCUGGCGGCUUUAGAAAGGCCAUGUUUCAGCCACAGCACCCUGCUGCCUGGCAAGUGUAGGCCGUCUGCAGUGGAAGGACUUGGCACCUCAAUCAUAUCUGACAUCAGCUUUGAUCACUCGGAUGACGAAGUGGAUUUGGAAGUGAUAAAAUCCCUCAAAGGCAGAGACAAAGGGUGCUCCUCCCUCGUGCCCCUGAUUCAGCCAGUGGCAACAACCAAAUCUGCACAAACAUCUGUGGCACCUCCGCCUCCGAGUGCCAAUAAGAUGUCUGUGGCGACUCUGAGAUCCGGAGCCACUGCCCACGUUUUGCCUCCUAUUGCUGUGGUGCCCCGUCGCCGAUCCCAGCAGAGCCGUUGCCUGUCCACACGCUCAGACGUCACUUCCUUCUGGGGCAGCAGCGAGGGGUCAGGCAGAAGUAAUAGCCAGGCUGAGAGUAACACCAUUGGCACGAAGAUUAGGACUGACUUGAGGGGUGUCCAGGACCCCUUUUCUCCUUCUCGCACACAGGGAACACCACCCCUCCAAGAGCACCACUUUACUUCCAAGACGAUAAUCAGCCUGGAGUCGUGUGCGGUUUGCAAAUCCCGCCUGCGCUUUGGGAAGAUGGCCCUGAAAUGUCGGCCCUGCCAGCUUGUAGUCCAUCCUGAGUGCAAAGAACGCAGCCCAUCCAUGUGCAGGCCAACUGCCUCCCCCAGAGUGAGAGAGGGUAUUCUGGCAGAUUUUGCACCCUCCACCCCACCUCUGGUGCCCCCACUAGUCAUCCAGUGUGUGAAUCAAGUGGAAAGGCGUGGCCUGAAGGAGGCUGGGCUAUACAGAGUGCCAGGUUCAGAGCACCUCAUUCGAGAAUGGAAGCGCAAGCUGCUUUGUGCCCGAGGAGCACUUCCCUCACUGGACCAGGUGGCUGAUGUCAAUGUGAUCUGUGGGGUUCUCAAGGACUUUCUGAGGAGCCUGAAGGAACCUCUAAUGACCUUUGCCCUGCACCCUGCCUUCCUGCGUGCUUCAGAAAUUCCAGAUGAAGCUGCUCGCCAGACUGCACUCUGCCAUGUUGUGAUGAAGUUGCCUCUGGCCAAUAGGGACACUCUGGCUUUUCUGGUGCUGCAUCUCCAUAGGGUCAUGCAGAGCCCUGAGUGUCGAAUGGACCGGCACAACCUAGCACGUAUCUUUGGACCGACUCUAGUUGGGCACAGUAAUCCUAGCCCUUCCCCACGCAUCAUCAUGGAAGACACACCACGUCAAUGCCUGGUGGUUGCCAAUCUCUUAGCACUGCCUCUUUCGUUCUGGAGACAUUUUGUGGGAGAAGAGCAGGAAAACCUGGUGCCUUUGGUGCAAAAGCCCAGCGUCAUGAAUGAGCAAGACCAGGUCUUCUUUCCUCCGACUCCCCCUGAAAUCAGCACCAUCCAGAUGAGCCCAGGAGGUGGCUGUCUCCCUAAUAAGCUAUGGGACUGCAUUGGGACCACCUUCCCACCCUCGAAUGCCUCCCGCACCAAGAAGACGGGCAAAUUCUUCCCACUUCCAGUAUCAUGAAGCAACUCUGGUGCACCAGCGUUGCCUUGGCUUCCUCCCAGCAACCCUCUUCCUUGCCACCUCCAGAUUCCAGGCUUGUGUCCUCACAUUUCAUAGGGAGAUGCUAUGUGCCUUAUCUCUUAAUGGUGGCUGACAAUCGUUUCUCCAACCUCCAUGAUCAGGAACAGAGGAGAUCUUGCCCCUCCCCUUUCAUACUGUUGGGUCUUGCUUUGUGGACUUCUGGUUUGAAAACUCCAGGCAUGUUCUUGAGCCAUCUGUUUCCUCUGUUAUGAUGGACUCCGGGGCAGUGAAAACUGGGUUCAGCUUACCUUGUGUGCAUACCUUUUGUGCCUUUCCCCCCAUGUCCAUUACUGGUUGUACUUGAAUGGCAGAGUUGUUGUCAUGUGGUGGAUGGGGAAAGUCAUUUCCUGGAGCAGUUCAUUGGUAUCAUUCUGAUCAAAAACCAAACAUGGCACAUUGGGAGGUUUCUCGAGCACUAGAAUCCUCAUCACCUCAAUCACUGAUUUUUGCUCUUGAUGCUGUCCCUGGUCCUCGUUAGAGCACUUACGUGUUUACAGAGGGCAGCUUCCUCAAAAACUGGAAUGGCUAAACAGGAAGUGGUGGUAUUUACUAGCACAUGAGGUUGGUAUUACUAUUCCCCCCCCUUCACAGUUUCUGUAACUCCUGUGCCUACUCCAUUUGGGGUUUGUGGGGGUGUCAGCUGUGCUGGCGCAGAACCCAAUCAAUCCCUUCUGCCCAGAAUCAUCCUAGAAGUAGUACCUCUGACCCAGCUUGGCCACAUGUCAGCCCUGAGUGAGGCCAUUUACUGUUAACGGGUGUGCCUUAAUCACCGAUGGAACUUACUUGAUGCUGAACUUAAGGAAGCAAGACUUCUUAGCUCUGUACUUUUGCAUUACCCUGUAUCAAUCAGUUAUGAAAACGUUGUAAGAGUCUCCUGAGGCUAAAAUGUCCACAUAUCCUUCUGGAGUAAAUAGUAUCAAAGAAGGAUGGGAGAUGAAAGACUGUCCAGAGCAAUGACUUGGUUUUGUUUCAGUUUUGUCUCUCACACAGUCUAUCGCUUCCCUUCUCUCUCUUGAGACUCACUCCUGCCCAAUCCCUUCUCUUUCUCUGCUCGUUUCAGCAGUGCUCUAAACUUAUGUAUUUUGCUGAGGGAAUUAUGGGUUCUUGCCACCUGAAAGAUUCCAUGGCUCUUAACAAAUUAUUUCCCCUUUGUGAACUCCUAACUGAAUCCCAGUAUGCUGAGUGGAAGGAGCUGUAGCAUGAACUUCUUUUCCAAUGUGUGAGUCAACCUUACUCCAAUGGCUGGGAACUGUGGUUCUAAAUGCUCAGUGAGGUCCCUCCAGUGCUGAGUGCCUUAAAGGCAUGGUCAACAGCAGGGAAUUGGGUGUGGAUGAGGAUGCUCUCAAAGGGUGUUUUGAAUUUCCGGGUCCCCAUUAAAAUUCCAUUGUGGAUUUUUCUUUCAUAAAUAUAUUUGAAAAGACUUGAACAAGAAGAACCUAAUAGCCUAAUAAUAAAGACACUCUGUUAUCAAACUAUCAUAAUAAAAACUAUAAUAUCAGCA